AUGUUUGCGGUCUCGAGAAUGAAGGCUUUGUUUCCCCUUCAAAUUUCCCUCCCCGUGGCGCCGGCUUUCCCCAACGCUGCCGCCUUCUUCUCCGCAGCUCCCAAGUUUACCCUUUUCUUCAAUUUUCCCGCAGUUAUUCAGUUCCCUGCUUCUCCAUCUCUCAGACCCAUCAUGGGUUCAUCUGGCCCGGCGUAUUCUCGCGUUCAAAAUCGGAACUUUCGGCCGGCGGGAGCUGCGGGUGAUUCGACGGCGUCCUACCCUUCAGGCGAAAUCCACGUCAUCGUGGGUCCGAUGUUUGCCGGCAAGACCACCAGUCUCCUCCGACGGGUUCAGUCCGAGAGCGAAAAUGGCAGAAGUGUGGCUGUUGUGAAAUCGGACAAGGAUACAAGAUAUGGAUUGGACUCAAUUGUAACACAUGACGGUCUGAAAUUGCCCUGCUGGUCAUUGCCCAAAUUGUCGAUGUUCAGGCAAAGUCUUGGUGUUGAUUCUUACAACCAGCUGGACGUAAUUGGGAUCGAUGAAGCUCAAUUCUUUGGAGACUUGUAUGAUUUCUGCCGUGAAGCUGCUGAUCAGGAUGGUAAAACUGUGAUAGUAGCUGGACUGGAUGGUGAUUACAUGAGGAGGAGUUUUGGUGCUGUUCUCGACAUAAUCCCACUUGCUGAUUCUGUGACCAAGUUGACAGCUCGCUGUGAGCUCUGCGGGAAGCGUGCAUUCUUCACGUUGCGAAAGACAGAUGAAACAAAGGUGGAGCUGAUUGCUGGGGCUGAUGUUUACAUGCCUGUUUGCCGGCAGCAUUAUGUGAGUGGACAAGCAGUUGUUGAAGCUACAAGAGCUGUUGUAGAAGAGUCGUCUGAGAGGGUGCAGAUAGGCUAG